GAGGAGGAGGGUAUAGGUAGCGGGCGUGGGAAAGAUGUUUGCUCGAGCUCCUGCACAUGCGUCGUGACUUGUGAAGCUUCAGUCUGUGUCAUAGCAACCAGAGAGGACAACAUGGCAAAACCAACAACCAUAAAAGAAGCCCUUGUGAAAUGGGAGGAGAAGGCAGGAGAGAAGGUGGGGGAGGCGAAAGCAGUCAAGCUGUAUGGUCAGAUUCCUCCUAUUGAGAAGAUGGAUGCUUCUCUCUCCACCCUCAUCAACUGCGAGAAAUUGUCCCUGUCUACAAACUGCAUUGAGAAAAUUGCCAACUUGAAUGGCCUCAAAAACCUACGGAUAUUAUCACUAGGGCGGAACAACAUCAAAAAUCUAAACGGACUGGAGGCUGUUGGUGACACGCUAGAGGAACUGUGGAUUUCCUACAACCUGAUAGAGAAGCUAAAAGGAAUUCAUGUUAUGAAGAAGCUCAAGGUCCUCUACAUGUCUAACAACCUAGUCAAGGAGUGGGCUGAGUUCGUGAAGCUAGCUGACCUUCCAUCCUUAGUGGACAUGGUGUUUGUUGGAAACCCCCUGGAGGAGAAGUACUCCGCUGAGGGGAACUGGCUAGAAGAGGCCACCAAGAGGCUGCCCAAGCUGAAGAAACUAGAUGGGAACCCAGUGAUCAAGGCGGAUGAUGAUGACGAGGGAGACAGUUAACACAAUCUAUUUAAUCUCUUACAGUUUACAGAUUGUUGUUUUUAAAAUAUUUUUAUUGAAAUGGUUUCUAUACCAGCAUCAUUGAGAAUCAAUCCACCAGGCAAUAUCCUAUUGUCCUAUUUGAUCUCUUUUUAGAUGUUGAAUAAGCUCAUUCCACUGGUUGGGAGAUGACCUCUCAUAGAAGCACAUUGCUGAAACUUUUACAGCUCCAUGGAUUUCAUGAAAUAAAAAGUAAUACGAAAGAGGUAGAACAGUUACAAUGUUUGAUGUGUGUAGUACAGGGGGGCAAAAAAGUAUUUAGUCAGCCAUCAAUUGUGCAAGUUCUCCCACUUAAAAAGAUGAGGCCUGUAAUUUUCAUCAUAGGUACACUUUCAACUAUGACAGACAAAAUGAGAAAAAAAAUCCAGAAAAUCACAUUGUAGGAUUUUAAAUUUAUUUAUUUGCAAAUUAUGGUGGAAAAUAAGUAUUUGGUCAAUAACAAAAGUUUAUCUCAAUACUUUGUUAUAUACCCUUUGUUGGCAAUGACAGAGGUCAAACGUUUUCUGUAAGUCUUCACAAGGUUUUCACACACUGUUGCUGGUAUUUUGGCCCAUUCCUCCAUGCAGAUCUCCUCUAGAGCAGUGAUGUUUUGGGGCUGUUGCUGGGCAACACGGACUUUCAACUCCCUCCACAGAUUUUCUAUGGGGUUGAGAUCUGGAGACUGGCUAGGCCACUCCAGGACCUUGAAAUGCUUCUUACGAAGCCACUCCUUCGUUGCCUGGGCGGUGUGUUUGGGAUCAUUGUCAUGCUGAAAGACCCAGCCACGUUUCAUCUUCAAUGCCCUUGCUGAUGGAAGGAGGUUUUCACUCAAAAUCUCACGAUACAUGGCCCCAUUCAUUCUUUCCUUUACACGGAUCAGUCGUCCUGGUCCCUUUGCAGAAAAACAGCCCCAAAGCAUGAUGUUUCCACCAUCAUGCUUCACAGUAGGUAUGGUGUUCUUUGGAUGCAACUCAGCAUUCUUUGUCCUCCAAACACAACGAGUUGAGUUUUUACCAAAAAGUUAUAUUUUGGUUUCAUCUGACCAUAUGACAUUCUCCCAAUCUUCUUCUGGAUCAUCCAAAUGCUCUCUAGAAAACUUUAGAUGGGCCUGGACAUGUGUCCCCCUGCUUAAGCCAGUACGUCUGGCACUGCAGGAUUUGAGUCCCUGGCGGCGUAGUGUGUUACUGAUGGUAGGCUUUGUUACUUUGGUCCCAGCUCUCUGCAGGUCAUUCACUAGGUCCUCCCGUGUGGUUCUGGGAUUUUUGCUCACCGUUCUUGUGAUCAUUUUGACCCCACAGGGUAAGAUCUUGCGUGGAGCCCCAGAUCGAGGGAGAUUAUCAGUUGUCUUGUAAGUCUUCCAUUUCCUAAUAAUUGCUCCCACAGUUGAUUUCUUCAAACCAAGCUGCUUACCUAUUGCAGAUUCAGUCUUCCCAGCCUGGUGCAGGUCUACAAUUUUGUUUCUGGUGUCCAUUGACAGCUCUUUGGUCUUGGCCAUAGUGGAGUUUGGAGUGUGACUGUUUGAGGUUGUGGACAGGUGUCUUUUAUACUGAUAACAAGUUCAAACAGGUGCCAUUAAUACAGGUAACGAGUGGAGAACAGAGGAGCCUCUUAAAGAAGAAGUUACAGGUCUGUGAGAGCCAAAAAUCUUGCUUGUUUGUAGGUGACCAAAUAUGUAUUUUCCACCAUCAUUUGCAAAUAAAUUCAUAAAAAAUCCUACAAUGUGAUUUUCUGGAUUUUUUAAAAUCAAUUUGUCUGUCAUAGUUGAAGUGUACCUCUGAUGAAAAUUACAGGCCUCUCAUCUUUUUAAGUGGGAGAACUUGCACAAUUGGUGGCUGGCUAAAUACUUUUUUUGCCCCACUGUAUGUCACUCUUGCACUUAUGAAACAGCCUCCUCUGAGGUAACUACACAAACAUUCUAAAAGGUACAUGCCCAUUGUUCUUGUCUAUCAGCCGGCUGUCUAGCCUGGGGACAAGGUUACAUUCCCAUUCGUGAGCAAGACAUUUGUAUUUAUUUUUAAGCUCCAAAAAGCACAUUUACAUUUUUGUAUGGGUGCUGAUGGUCAUAUUUUCUCACGAUUCCUGACUCUCACUCGGCUUGCAUGCAUUAAGGACCUCACACUCGGCUUGCAUGCAUCAAGACCUCACACUCGGCUUGCAUGCAUCAAGGACCACACACUCGGCUUGCAUGCAUCAAGGACCACACACUCGGCUUGCAUGCAUCAAGGACCACACACUCGGCUUGCAUGCAUCAAGGACCACACACUCGGCUUGCAUGCAUCAAGGACCUCACACUCGGCUUGCAUGCAUCAAGGACCUCACACUCGGCUUGCAUGCAUCAAGGACCUCGCACUCGGCUUGCAUGCAUCAAGGACCUCGCACUCGGCUUGCAUGCAUAAAGCACCUCGCACUCGGCUUGCAUGCAUAAAGCACCUCGCACUCGGCUUGCAUGCAUCAAGGACCUCGCACUCGGCUUGCAUGCAUCAAGGACCUCGCACUCGGCUUGCAUGCAUCAAGGACCUCGCACUCGGCUUGCAUGCAUAAAGCACCUCGCACUCGGCUUGCAUGCAUAAAGCACCUCGCACUCGGCUUGCAUGCAUAAAGCACCUCGCACUCGGCUUGCAUGCUUCAAGCACCUCGCACUCGGCUUGCAUGCAUAAAGGACGUUAGAUUCGGACCUGUAUGCAGCCUUCAAGGAGGAAUAUGAGGUUGCACACAAAACGGGGUGAAGGCCAGGGGAGAACAAUUUGAAGUAUUUUCUGUGCAUGGAGGAAUACUGUAUUUUAAAAAGAUGGAAGAACUAAAUAUAUAUAUUUAGCUCUAGUCUUAGCUAAUAGCACUUUUUUUUCUUAAGUUUGUAUAUUUAUUAGGCAUGGUUUGUAUAAAAUAAAUAUAUACCGAGAUGUUUAUGAUUUUUUUUUAAAUGGCAUUUUAAAUGUUGAAAUUUGGUAUGUUGCAUUAAAAACUAUUGAAGUCA